UCUCAAGUUUUCUUCCGUCGUACCUAAUAAGUAAAAACGACAUGGCAGCGGAGACUGUGAUCAUCUCUUUAUAAGGUGGGCUUGGUCAGCCACAUUUCAUUGCAGCAAAAGAUCAUCAGACAAAAAACAAAACCGUUUCCUGAUCGAUCAGAGUCAGUGAGAUUGAGAUAUUGGAAAAUGGAGCGAUGGAUCAUCGGAGUCUUCCUAGUGCUGGUGGCUUGCCUGUUUCCAGCGUCAGUGGAAUGCAUGGAGCGAUACUACAAGUUCAAUGUAGUUCUGAAGAACACCACAAGAUUGUGCUCAACUAAGCCCAUUGUCACUAUCAAUGGAAGGUUCCCUGGUCCCACCAUUUAUGCUAGGGAGGACGACACGGUGCUUGUUAAGGUGGUCAACCACGUCAAGUACAAUGUCAGCAUCCACUGGCAUGGGAUUAGACAACUACGGACGGGCUGGGCUGAUGGACCAGCGUACAUUACGCAGUGCCCGAUUCAACCAGGGCAACAAUAUGUGUACAACUUCACCAUCACCGGCCAAAGGGGUACCCUUUGGUGGCAUGCACACAUCCUCUGGCUCAGGGCCACCGUCCAAGGCGCUUUGGUCAUCUUGCCCAAGCGUGGGGUUCCUUAUCCUUUUCCCACACCUCACAAGGAAGAAGUUAUUGUCUUAGGAGAAUGGUGGAAAUCAGAUGUCGAAGCUAUCAUUAAUGAAGCUCUAAAAUCUGGGUUGGCCCCUAAUGUCUCCGAUGCUCAUACCAUCAAUGGUCAUCCUGGACGUCUCUCAAGCUGCCCUUCACAGGGAGGCUUUACAUUGCCAGUAAAUUCCGGCAAGACGUACUUGCUACGUAUCAUCAACGCUGCACUAAAUGAGGAGCUUUUCUUCAAGAUUGCCGGCCAUCAACUCACCGUUGUCGAGGUUGACGCUGCCUACACAAAGCCCUUCAAAACUGACACCAUUGUCAUCGCACCAGGCCAGACCACAAACGCCCUCCUCACUACUGAUCUUCGAACCGGCAAGUACUUGGUUGCAGCCUCGCCUUUCCAGGACGCACCCAUUGCCGUUGACAACAGGACGGCCACCGCCACAUUACACUAUUCCGGCACUCUGUCCUCCACCGCCACCACUCGCAUCGCCGCACCUCCACAAAACGCAACGCCAAUAGCCUCAAACUUCACAAAAUCCCUCAGAAGCCUCAACUCGAGGAAGUACCCUGCUAGAGUCCCGUUGAAAAUCGACCGUUCUCUGCUUUUCACCGUUGGACUCGGCGUUAACCCUUGCUCUACUUGCGUGAAUGGCAGCCGCGUGGUGGCAGAUAUUAACAACGUCACAUUUGUGAUGCCGACCACUUCACUUCUUCAAGCUCAUUUUUUCAAUAUAAGUGGAGUUUUCACUGAUGAUUUCCCUGGAAACCCGCCAAUAAAGUAUAACUACACCGGCACGCAGCCGGCGAACUUCCAGACCACGACUGGAACGAGGCUUUAUAGACUUGCUUACAACUCAACGGUACAGUUAGUCCUACAAGAUACAGGGAUGAUAACCCCAGAAAACCAUCCGGUUCAUCUUCAUGGAUUCAAUUUCUUUGAGGUGGGGAGGGGACUAGGCAAUUAUAAUCCAAAGCAAGAUCCGAAGAAAUUCAAUCUUGUUGACCCUGUGGAGAGGAACACCAUUGGAGUACCUACCGGGGGAUGGACUGCUAUUAGAUUCAGGGCUGAUAAUCCAGGGGUUUGGUUCAUGCAUUGCCAUUUGGAAGUGCACACGACAUGGGGCCUUAAGAUGGCAUUUGUUGUGGACAACGGGAAAGGCCCUAAUCAAUCUCUUCUUCCUCCUCCAAGUGAUCUUCCCAAGUGCUAGCAAUCGCCAAGUACGUAGCUCCACGUACUCAAACAUUUUCAAGGGCUUCCACAUCGAGAAAGAAAUUAUAUAUGCAUUGGAGAUCAUGAUCACAAGGAAUUACAGAAAGAAUGGAAGAAAUUACAAGGUGGGAAAUAUGUAGCUGAUCACAAGAAGAGAAGAGUUCUUUUGAGCCUACGUGGCAACAGUCUACUCAAGGUUGAAUAAAAUCAGAUUGGAAUUCUUUUAGUUUUGAUAACAUCAUUUUUUUCAUCCUGAUGAGCUUAUAAAUAUUUUGAAUUCUUGUAAUUAAGCCUAUGCUUCUAAUUAAAGUCUAUCCAAAGGAUUUGUAAUUUCACAAAUAUAAAAUAAACUAAUAAAAUUGUACGUGCAUGUUGAGUACCA